AUGGAAUACUGUGAUGGUCCUGAAAUUCUAAAUGGGAAGUCAUGGGUGCCUCUCUCAUUGAAACCCAUAAUAUGGAGUUCCAAUCCAAUACAGGCCACUCACAUUGAAGACACUGGAACUCUUCGAAAUACACAUGACCCAAUCCUCCAGGUCAAAAACUUGGAUCCUGCGAUUCCUCAUCAAGCUGAUGAGUUGGAGGCUCAUGGAGCCGGCCCGAAGAUAGCGACGGCCAAGGUGGUCAAGAAAAUCGGCAAUAGAGCAAAAUUCUAUCGUAGCGUUUUGUGUGAGAAUCAUUACAAAAAACUGCCUGCCAAAAUUCCUAAUGCUCUUGGGCCGCGGGGUUGGCUUGAGACGUAA